CGCUUCGCGUUUUGUACUUCCGGGACACCGUAGCUCAAGCCAAGCCAGUCCGGACUCGCCUGUGGUGAGAAGAGUGUGUCUGCUGAAGAAGCCUUGAUCAGUAAUGGCCUCUGCUGUGAUCUCCUCCGUUCCUACAACGGCAUCCAGAUUUGCUUUGCUGCAAGUAGAUAGUAACAGUGAGUCUGAUUCAGAAAGUGGAAAAACAAAAGGUCUUCGUGAGACGGGCAAGCCCCGAUCAGGCAAACCUGUUGGAGGAAAGUCAAACAACAACAACAAUAAUGAGAAGAAAAAGGAAAAGAGAAAAAAGAAGAAAGAGCAACAACAGAGUGAAGCAAAUGAGCUAAGGAAUCUUGCUUUUAAAAAGCUUCCUCAAAAGUCCUCCGCAAGCCUACAGACAAUUGCUACAGAUCUAGUUCAUCAUAAUUCUACAGAAAAGAACACAGUAGGUGCUAACUGGCAACAAUGGAAGCAAAGAGAUGAGCAGUUAACUAGUGAAAUGUAUGAAGCAGAUCUUGAAAAGGCUCUGAUGUUAAGCAAACUGGAAUAUGAAGAGCACAAGAAGGAAUAUGAAAAUACUGAAGACACAUCACCAAAGGCCAAAAGUGGAGGAAAGAAAGAUAAAAGACGAAACAACCAGGGUAAAGACAAACCAUUGACAGUUUCUUUAAAAGAUUUUCAAACAGAAGGAAGUGUAGAGCACUUUAAUAAAAAACAAGAGGAUUUGAAAUCUGGUAAUACGCCUUCAAAAAAUGACCGCUUUUUCAACAGACUAGAAGAUGAUGUGAACAAAAUAUUAUUAAAAGAGAAGAGGCGGGAGCAGAGCAGCACAGGUGUAAUGGAUACUUUGACAUCCAGUGACCAGGAACCGGAUGUACGAGCAGAGCAACUUAAAUAUGAACUUGAAAAAAAAGAUUUGGAAAUAGAAAGACUAAAGUGUGUUAUCACUGAGUGGGAGACUAAAUAUAAGGAAGUGAAGGCAAGAAAUGCACAGCUGCUGAAAAUGCUUCAGCAAGGGGAAAUGAAGGAUAAAGCAGAAAUACUUCUGCAGGUUGAUGAGCUGCUAAACAUCAAGCAGGAACUUUCAUUACAGGUCACAUCACUACAUGCAGCACUUGAACAAGAAAAAUCUAAAGUGAAGGGUUUGCAGUCUGAGCAACCAAAACAUCAAAGUAACCGGAAGAACAAAAGGAACAAUGAAAUGGAUGUAUGAAGAUCUGAGCAUUCAUAAUUUUAAAAAGGAU